CGUUUUUAUUUAUUUUUAUUUUAUGAUGAAACCCCUCAUUUGGAGAAUGGCAUCUCAUAGUUUGAGUUUGAGCCUAUCAGCUGCUGCACAAAUUCUUCCCAAUACCCAAAUUCAGAAAUUUGAUUCCAAACUUUUGUUGUGGCCAUCACGUUUGCAUACUAAACCCACAACAAAACUUUCUUCUUCAAUUCGGGCAAUGGGCUCUUCAGCUUCUUCUAACUCCAACAACCCAAACACCACAGAAAUUCAAUCAGGAUCUAGUCCUGUUGAUUAUAAAUCUUUAAGUGAUGCAGAAUGGAAGAAGCAGCUAACCGAUGAACAAUUUUAUGUUACUCGGAAAAAGGGAACUGAGAGAGCUUUCACCGGGGAGUACUGGAAUACCAAAACUGAAGGGACUUACCAUUGCAUAUGUUGUGACACACCCUUAUUUGAAUCAUCUACCAAGUUUAAUAGUGGAACUGGUUGGCCAUCUUAUUACCAGCCAAUUGGUAAAAAUGUGAAAUCAAAGCUAGAUUUGUCAAUUAUAUUCAUGCCUCGCCAAGAAGUUCUCUGUGCUGUUUGUGAUGCUCAUCUCGGACACAUUUUUGAUGAUGGCCCUCCACCCACAGGAAAGCGUUACUGUAUCAACAGUGCUUCCCUUAAACUCAAACCAAGGAAGUAAGAUGAUCAAAUACUUGUCACUCAAAUGUAGAUGGUUUAAUAUUCAAAUGGUAACUGAAAAAUUUGUAAAUGGAUCAGUAUAUCGUAUACUUUUUUCUGUUUUUCUUUACUUGAAGAAAGAAACUGUCCCGUCCUGAUAGUGUAUCCAAAUUUUUAUAAAAUGUGAAAACUUGUUGAUUACUGUACAAUACCCUAUAUAAUGAAGUUUUAAGUAUUUGCGUAG